AUGUCUCGCCCUUGGACCAAAUCUCCAAAGCUAUCGCCAACGGUCAAACCGUCAAUGCCAGAAUGCUGGGGUCAUCGUGGAGCGUCUGCCGCAUUCCCAGAAAAUACAAUCGCUUCUUUUGAACGUGCAAUCCGUGAUGGAGCAGAAGGAUUGGAAAGUGAUGUUCACGUUACAGCGGAUGACAUGGUGAUCAUGUUUCACGAUCCAUCUUUGAGCAGAACAACAGAUGGAAAAGGAUUGAUUCGCGAUCAACCGUGGAAAGGUUUAAUUGAAAAUGUUCGCACAAAAGCAAAGCCACAUCAACAAAUUCCAACAUUUGCACAGGUUUGCGAUCUUUUGAUGCGACCUGAAAACCGUCACGUUAAACUCAACAUUGAUAUCAAGCCGGAGAAUGAUCCCGAACGUUUGUUCACAUUAAUGAAGGGAAUCGUUGAAAAACACGAAAACUUUGCCGAAGAUCUCUCUCCUCGUUUAAUUUUGGGAUUGUGGCAUCCCGUCUUCUUGAAGGCUGCAUUAGAGCAUCUUCCUACGCUACGUAGAGUACACAUCGGCGGAAGUCCGACGAUGGCAAGAACAUACUUUUGGAAACAUUGUGACGGUUUCAGUAUGUGGUUCCCAAGCCUGGUCGGGACGGAAGGACAAAGUUUCUUGGCCGAUGCACGCAGAGAAGGCAAGGAUGUCUUUGUUUGGACGGUUAACCGUCGUGAUGAAAUGAUUGAAGCUACACGAUGGGGUGUAAAAGCAAUCUUGACGGAUAAAACAGACAUGUUCCAAGACGUUCGACAAGAAAUGCAAGAUGAUUUCGCAUUAGCAAGAAGCGAAAAAGUUGGCUUCUUUUUCCGUUGGGCAACAUUGCAAUAUUGGAUGUUACCUCAAUUCUUCAAACAAGCCGUUUGGUUGAGCGAAUUAGAAGGAAGAGCAGGAUGUACAUUCAAACAAGCUUGGGCGGAUGCCGCUUUGGACAAGAUGGAUGGUGGGAUUACGCCCGCGCCAGAAGGCAAGCCUUAA